AUGUCCUCCUCAGAAACCCCAAAGGAUGCCCCUCCCCCGGAGCAACCAGCUCCCGUCGAAUCCUCGUCCUCCGUGGCUGCUGCUGAUGAAUCUAAAGAGGAAGAAAUAUCGUUUACUGUCAAGUCUAUUGCCGACAAUAAAAUUCCCAUAACUGUGAACCGCUUCAUCUCUGUCGCGGACUUGAAACAAAAACUCGCAGAACCCUCUUCCAUCCCCGCCGACCGCCAGAGACUAAUCUACUCCGGCCGCGUGCUAAAAGACGACCAAACUCUUGACAACUACAAGAUCCAAAAUGGCCAUACCGUUCACCUUGUCAAAGGUGCUGCUUCUACAGCCUCGGCGGCUCGAGGGGCCGUAGGUGGCAGCAGCGCGUCUACCAGCGGCGCCGGAGCAGCAGGAGGAUCAACCGGAACUAGUGGAGCUACAAAUCCGCCUCAGCAACUGCCUAGUAUGGCAGCGGGAACAGGAAUGAACCCGCUUUCUAGAUACGCAAACCAUAUACCGUUGCCUUCUGCUGAUAUGUUUGGACCCGAUGGUGGGAUGGGACCACCACCGAACCCUGAACAAAUGCUUUCCAUGAUGGAACAACCCGAAGUUCGCGCCUCCAUGAAUGCUCUACUCCAAAACCCAGCUCUCCUAGAAUCACUAAUACAGUCAAAUCCAAUGCUCCAAUCCAUGGGCCCCGAAGUCAGAAACAUGAUGCAGUCUGAAGAGUUUAGACGGAUGAUGACCGACCCUGCUAUCUUUAGACAGAUGACACAAAUGCAACGUAUGCUUGGUGUAGGCCCAUUUGGAGGCGGGUUGGGAGGUGCUGGUGGCGCAGGUGCAUUCCCAGCGCCUGGAGUGACCGAUCAGACACCGGCUGAACAGCAGAAUCAACAGCAGCAGGCAGGCAAUGAAACAACGGGAACAGGUGCGGCAGGUGCUCCACCAAUUAAUCCCUUCGCUGCGCUCUUCAACCCCUUCGGUGCUGCUACACAGACACCCCGAGCUCCAUCCGGAGCUGGAUCACCAGGAAGCCCCCCACCAAACCCGUUCAUGCUUUUCAACCCCGCAAUCUUUGGUCAACAGCAGCCGCCUGCUGGUCAGACGCAAACACAAACACCGGGGUCAGGUGGUGAACAAACUGGCGCCGCACCUACAGGUGGAGCAGCAGCAGGAAGUCAACAGCAACCGCCGAAUCCGUUCAAUCCUUUCCUACCACCUGGUGGUGGUGGUGGUGCGGGGAUGGAUCUAAAUCAAUUACAAAACAUGAUGCAGCUCCUAGGUAUGGGGCCCGGAGGUGCUGGCGGCCUUGGUGGCUUUGGAGCUCCAGCUACGCCUGUUGAUAACAGGCCGCCGGAGGAAAGAUAUGCAGAGCAGUUGAGACAGUUGAACGACAUGGGCUUUUUUGACUUUGACAGAAACGUUGCGGCACUUAGAAGGAGUGGUGGUAGUGUCCAGGGUGCUAUCGAGUACUUGCUGUCGGGGCCGUAG